AUGAACACCAGCUCCCCUUUCGGGGAUACCCCCUUGAAUUCGAGCUCGAGAUUGAGCUACGCACCCGGAGUCCAUUGGAUCUACAGGAGUUACGUAGAGCACUCGCGGAUCGACAUGCAGGCGGAGGACGCCAAUGCCUACGUGGCCCGAGCCCUCAGGCUGGUCAUCGAGAAUGUGCUGGCCCAACUGAGCACCACCCUGGUGGUGGGCAUCUCCACCCGCCACUUGGGCACCGCCCAGUGGUUCGAGAACAUGAUGAACAACCUGAUGGACUCGUGGCGCAUGAUGGCCGUGCAGCUCCUGCGGAUCCGUCCGGAUCUGGUGGCCACUCCGGUGCCCGGAAGGAAAAGGGUCAGCCUCCUGAUGGUGGACUCCUACGUGGGAUUGCUUGACACCAACAUCACGGAGAGCAAUGCGCUCUUCGAUGACCCGGACUUCUACUUCAUCUUCCUGCAGGCUCGGGACAAGCUCAUUCCGAAGGAGCUCCAGCUGAUCCUGGACCACUGUCUGGCCAACUUCUGGCUCAACUGCAACGUGAUGGUGCAGACUGCCCAGGUCGAAGUGCUGGUCUACUCCUAUUAUCCUUACACGGAGAAGGGCUGCCAGGAGGCGCUUCCCGUGCUGAUCAACCGCUUCGAUGGUCGGGAUUGGAUGCGGAAUGCCAUGAUGUUCCCCGACAAACUGACGCAGAUGCACGGAUGUCCACUUACCCUGCUCACCUGGCACCAGCCACCCUUUGUGGAGUUAGUCCGCGAUCCCCAGACAAAUGGCAGCCGACUGGGUGGAUUUGAGAUCCAACUGUUGUGGCACCUGGCCCGUCGGAUGAACUUCACCCUGGAACUGGCCAAUAUAACCCUGGGAUCAACUGCAUUCCGCCUGGCAGACGGCGCCAAUGAGGGACCCAUAGAAAGGCUCCUGCAGCGCAAUACAAACCUGAGCUUGGGUUAUUUCCGGAGAACGGCUCUCAGGAGCCAGCUGUUGACCUCUCCGAUGUCCUACUAUUCCGCCAACUUGGUGGCCGUUCUCCAGCUGGAGCGCUAUAGCCUGAGUUCCCUGGCUCUGUUGUCCUUUCCCUUCGAGCUGCCCGUUUGGUUGUUCCUGCUCCUGUCGCUCCUCAUCCACCUGGCCAUCCACUUGCCGGAGAGGAGGGGGAAUCGCCGAGGAGGAGCUGGUGGACUUCAGGUGGUGGCCCUGCUCCUGGGCGCUCCCUUGGCCAACCUGCCAAGGCCGUGGAGACAUCGCCUCAUCGCCACCCACUGGCUGUGGGCCAGCAUCCCACUGAGGAUCUGCUACCAAUCGCUGCUCUUUCACCUGAUCCGCCUCCAGUUGUACAGCACGCCAUCCGCCUCGCUGGAGCAGCUGCUGGAGGAGGGUUUCCAGGGCAUCUGCUCGACGAACACCCAGAAACUGCUCAACGAGAUGCCGCAGGCGGCUCGCAAUCCGGAUAGCUUUCGCGCCCUCGACACUCCAUACGAUUGGGACGUCUUGAAUGCCCUCCAGCGGAAUAGGAAUCGCAGGAUAUUCGCCGUUGCCAAUCAGGAUAUUGCGCAAUCCUAUAUACGAUCUUCACUGAAUCCCACGGGAUUCCAUGUGGUCAAACAGCCCGUGAAUGUGGAGUUCGCCGGAAUGUACAUGCCCAAGCACUCGUUUCUCUAUCUCAAAAUGGACGAUGCCAUCAGGCGACUGGAUGCCGGAGGAUUCAUCCUCGCCUGGCGACGGGCUGCAUUUGCAUCCCAUCGUCGGGGGGAGCACGCCCAGUCCACCAGCCGGAGUUUUGUGAGCCACGGAAAGCUCUCCGGGAUCUACGUGAUCAUGGCGGGCAUGUAUCUGCUGGCCAGUCUCGUUUUUGCAGGCGAGGUUUUGUCCCGUCGGAGAAACUGGAAUCUCACAAUAUUCUAAAAAGCGUUGUCAAAGUUGGUUCAGAUUUAAAUUUAAAUGUAGAG